AUAUUCCCCACCAUGGGUGACAUGAAAACUCCAGAUUUCGAUGACCUUCUGGCAGCUUUUGAUAUUCCUGACAUCGACACGAAUGAGGCCAUCCAUUCUGGCCACGAGGAAGCUGAUGCUCACAUCAAGCAAGUCCCUGGGGAGUCGGGACCCCCUGACCACGUCCUCCCCCACACGGACAUCACCGCUGUCAGCGUGAUUGUGAAGAACACGGUCUGCCCCGAGCAGCUCGAUGCCCUGGAUGGGCGCAGUAAAGAUGGGCACGUCAUUGGGCCUCGCUUGCUGCAGAAUGGCUUUGGGGCCACCGAGAUGCCCAGGUCCCCCACCUCCAGGUCCGUGGAAGCUGUGGCAUCCUCCAAUGGGGAGUGUUGGGUGAAGGAAAAAGGCCCCAAACCCUUGGAUAUCUUCUCCCAUUUUAGCCCCGAUCCCAACGAAGACAAUGCUGCCAACCUGAUUGACAGACCCCGGGAGUGUAAGCCGAAAGAGAAAUCCCUUGCUGUGCCCUCCCUCUCACCGUCUCCCACCCCGUCGCUGGACUGCAAGGAGCCCAUGGGAGAGAGCACGGAGAACCUGACCCCGACUUUCCCGCAGUCCUUCGAAACAAGCCAGGCAGGGGGUGCAAACGGGUCCCCUCCUACCAUCCCCUGCAUCAAAAAAGAGGAGUCUGACUCGGAGGAGGUGGGCCGCAACGCCAGCCCGAAGGGUCUGGCUGCAGCCCUGGGUGACAGUCCCUUGGAUCACCUGAAGUCGGUCACCGUUCGCUACUCCACGGAUGAUUCCCCCAUCACGUCCUGGCCCGGUUCUGACCCCAACCUCGACAGCAGCGCCAGCAACCUUCCCGAAGUGAAACGUUCUCCCGCCAGCCCCCGGGAGCCGUUCUUCAAGCCUUCCUCACCAGUGGUACAAAGCCCCAGACUCCCCACUUCUCCAAAGCAGCUGGACAACAUCGCCCUCAAGGAAGAGCAAGAAGUUCUGGACAAGUCAAUGGGAAGUCCUCAGAGUAUGUCCAGCGCCGAGGAAGAGGAGGAGGAAGAAGACACCAACAAUGAUUCCCCUUCUUCCAACUCCUCACGGCCCCUGAAAGUACGGAUUAAAACCAUCAAAACAUCUUGCGGCAGCAUCACCCGGACAGUGACCAGGGUCUCAUCAGAUUCAGAGCCGGGCUCCACCAAGGGACUGGCCGAGCAGAGCUCUCAGGAGACCUCUCUUGAGGGUUCCAGCUUCUCAGCAUCAGCAGAUAAAGAGGAGGGGAUCGCACUGGAGGUGCCCAAGGAGAAAAUGGAGCUUUCCAGCCCCUUGAAAACCAUUGAGGGGGCAAAAAUCGUCAGUGUUCAGCUUGGCAACGGCACCAAGCUCAAAGGGACCGUCCUGCCCGUCUCCACCAUCCAGAAUGCCAGCAGUGCCAUGCUGAUCGCUGCCAGCGUGGCUCAGCAAAAAUCUGUGGUGCUGCCGGCAAAGACGGGUAAAGCCGUGGCCAAGAACAUCAUCAACCUGGUGCCACAGACCCUGCCCAAAGCCGACACCAGGACCAGCAUCAGUACCAUGACACAGACCACCACCAUCACCACCACGGCCAACCAGAAAGUCAACGGCACCACAGUUGUGAUGGUGCAGCCGCAGAAGCCUUCCCCUACCAUCGCGGGCACGGUCAUUUCCAGGAGCCAAUCCAGCCUCGUGGAAGCCUUUAACAAGAUCCUCAACAGCAAAAACCUCUUGCCAACAUACAAACCCAACCUGAAUCCUCCGGCCGACGCGAGCCUCACCCUGCCUCCCUUCGGUUACCGCUGCCUGGAGUGCGGGGACGCCUUCGCCCUGGAGAAGAGCUUGGCUCGCCACUACGACGGGACUUGACACUAUGACCGGCGAAGCAUGCGCAUUGAGGUAACCUGCAACCACUGCACCAAACGCCUCGUCUUCUUCAACAAGUGCAGUUUGCUCCUGCACGCCCGGGAGCACAAGGACAAAGGCCUGGUGAUGCAGUGCUCCCAUUUGGUCAUGAGGCCGAUUGCUUUGGAUCAAAUGAUCGGGCAGCCGGACAUCACCCCCCUGGUCUCGGUGACGUCCUUCCCCGCUAGCAAAGUGACUGGUGUGGCUCAGGACGCCUUGGCCACGGCCAACGGGGCUCAGGACCUCCCCAUCCUGCCUCUGAGCAACAGCUCGGAGCAGACCAACUACAGCUGCUUCAGGUGCCUGGAGUGCAAGGAGCAAUGCAAAGACAAAGCCGGGCUGGCCGCGCAUUUCCAGCAGGCAGUGACCACGGGGACCACCAGCAGCACGGUUUGUACGACGUGCCCCAUGAUCAUGUCCAAUCGCUGCAGUUUUAACGCCCACCAGCGGAUGCACAAAAACCGGCCUCCCCAUGUCUGCCCCGAGUGCGGAGGGAAUUUCCUCCUGGCGAACUUCGAGACCCACCUGAAGGAGGCCUGCCUGCACUUCUCCCGCAGAGUGGGGUACAGGUGUCCCAGCUGCGCUGUGGUCUUUGGCGGGGUCAACUCCAUCAAGUCCCACAUCCAGACCUCCCACUGCGAGGUGUUCCACAAGUGCCCCAUCUGCCCCAUGGCGUUCAAGUCUGCCCCCAGCGCCCACGCGCACGUCUACACGCAGCACCCCGGCUUCAGCAAUCAGCAGUCCAAAAUGAUUUACAAGUGCGCAAUGUGCGACACGGUCUUCACCCACAAGCCCCUGCUCUCCUCCCACUUCGACCAGCACCUGCUCAACCAGCGGGUCAGUGUCUUCAAGUGCCCGGACUGCCCGCUGCUCUUCGCCCAGAAGCGCACCAUGCUGGAGCACCUCAAGAACACUCAUCAGCCCCAGAAGCCCAAGGAAGACCUGGCAAAGAAGGCGGCCGUCCUGCUCACACCGAAGCAGGAGCCUGUCGAAACCCCCGUGUCCAAGAUCUCGGAGGAGUCAUCGUCCUCUACGGAGGAGGAUGAGCCCCCCAGCUCCCCGGAGCUGCGCAAGACCAAGCGAAGCCGCUUCCAGCGCAAGACGGUCAACAAGUCGAAGGGCAGCGGGUGGACGUGCGGCGUUUGCCACUCCUGGUUCCCGGAGCGCGACGAAUACGUCUCCCACAUGAAGAAGGACCACGGCAAGUCGGUGAAGAAGUUCCCGUGCCACCUGUGCGAGCGUUCGUUCUGCUCCGCUCCCAGCCUCCGGAGACACGUGCGAGUGAAUCACGAAGGGAUCAAGCGCGUCUACCCCUGCCGGUACUGCACAGAGGGCAAAAGGCCCUUCAGCAGCCGCCUCAUCCUGGAGAAGCACAUCCAGGUGCGACAUGGGAUCAAGGUGACCGACCAGAUGAAGAGCCAGGAGGUCGUUAUCGCCCGGAUAGGGACCGGCAUGACACAG